UGUAGCUGCAGGGAGAUCAACAUCUGGCUGGAAGUGAUGUGUGCACGUGUGAGAGAGGAAAACUGAGAUACUGAGAGGGAACUUUUAUGAAGAAGGAAAUCUACUGAAGAAUCCUGCUGUUACUGUUUAGGUCCGUCAGAGGCCGAUCGGAGCUGAAGCAUGGACAGUGAAGUGGAGGAGAUGAACACCAGCCUUGACGGUCCUCUGAGCCCGAGGCACCUGACCGGGUUGGGGAUGAACUGUCUUCUUGGCCAGAAGUACAGACACUCUGGACCCGGCCUCGCCAGUCCUCAGGAUUACAACCAGUGGCUGCCGUAUCGCCACGACGCCAGCCUGCUGCCCAUGAAAGAAGACCUGGCCUUCUGGCUCAACACCACCAUGGGUGUGGAGCUCACAGCAGACAGUCUGAUGGAGAGGUUGGAUAACGGCGUCGUCCUCUGUCAGCUGGCACAGCUGAUCCAGGACAAGAUGAUGCACACCAACAAUGGCAAGUCUUUAAUAAGAAGAGUGAUUCACUGGCGAGCUGAUGCGACUUCUGGAUCAUUCUUCGCCCGAGACAACACAGCCAACUUCCUGUACUGGUGUCGAAAGACCGGCGUUGAUGGGGCUUACCUCUUUGAGUCAGAGGAUUUGGUCCUCCACAAGCAGCCUCGAGAGGUGUGCCUGUGCCUGAUGGAGCUGGGACGGAUCGCAGCCAGGUUUGGAGUGGAGCCUCCGGGUCUGGUGAAGUUGGAGAGAGAGAUAGAGAGGGAGGAGGCGGGUUGCUUAUCUCCAUCAUCCCCUCUGCCCUUCUCUUUUCUUCCCCCGACAUCAUUGUAUUCACCAUCACAACCAUCCCUACCCCCAGCACCCCCCUCUCCCUCUCCUCCUCCUCCCCCUCCUCCACCUGCGCCCCUCACUCCGAGCACAACCUGUCUGUCUGAACCCCUCGCUGCCUCCCUCGCCUCUGAUCUUCCAUCAGCCACAACAAACCCACUACCUCCAUGUUUACCCCCUCCGCAGUCCCCCCUCUCAGCCUCUAACCCCUGUACAACCACCGCCUCAACACAAACACCUUUGUUCUCUUCAUCCUGCACCACUAACACAUCUGCUUCAGCACCCUCGCCGGGCCAAACCCUGGUAUCCACUCCCAAAGUCUCCUCCACCACCACAAUAAACAACCACACUCCCAUCACCUCCCCACCUGCAGCUCCUCGUUCCUCCGGCAGAUCCACGAGCCGGAGGAGCACAGGCAUCAACAACAUUUUGGAUGAUAUUGUGAGAAACAUUAUCGAGAAUCCACCCUGCAGCUGUCCGACCAGGUUCCUGGUUGAGAAGCAACCUAAAGGCUGCUACCGUGUUGGGGAGAAAGUUCUGUACAUACGGAUGCUGAAUGAGCGUCAUGUGAUGGUGCGUGUAGGUGGAGGCUGGGAGACCUUCAUCAGUUACUUGCAGAAACACGACCCCUGCAGAGGAGGAGGAGGGCUGGCCGGCAGAUCUGAGUUCAGGGUGUGCAGGAACAAAGCGAAGCCGCCCAGUUUGAACAUCUCACCUGACAGCUACAUGGUGGUCGGUGCCCAUUACUGCGGAAAGAAGUAGGCUCUCAAAAUGCCUCUGAACAUUUCACCCAUUUGUGCCUUCAACUGAAAUGUUUUAUUUCCUUUGGUGGAAGUGUUCUCUGGGUUUCACUAAAGCACAACUGUGAGGAAAUUUUUAAAAAUCGGUCAAACCGUUUUUCUAAACAUACUAUAUCUAGUAUUUGAGCACAUGGGACUACUGUUUUUGGGUUGUGCCUAGAAGGGAGCCUGCAAAUUGCAAAAUCUGAUCUGAGAUCUGCAAAAACCUACAAAAACUCUCGCGAGACUCGCUGCCCGACAACCUAUCCUAACCUUAACUGUUCGAGAUCAAUGCCUAACCUUAACCAUCUCAUGAGAGUUUCCCCAGUUUGCUCUUUCCCUUCAAGCUACCUCCCUGUUUUUUCAAUAGACUCCAUUAUAUUUUAGGAAAAAAACAGUAGUCCCAUGUGCCCAAAUACCAGAUAUACUAUGAUAAGAAAAUGGCUGUAGCUCAGACACUACAAGUAUCACAAUCAAGUAUUUGGUAUCUAUGAACUCAUAACAAGUUGAAUAUCACAUAUAUGUACACAAAUGCAGUAUAAAAAAAAUAAUUUAUAUGGAAAACAUUUAAU